UAUAGUCAAGAAUACCUUAUUACGAGUUCGUAUGUUAAUGAUUUAUGAUUCUGAAGGGGCCGGUAAAUUUAAAGAUGGCGGUUCACUCGUUUUUCGGAAGUGUUGAAGUAAUAACAACAACACGUUGUUUUGUUGUGAAUGUAACAUAUAUGCGAAAGAAACAUUUUAAGGAUUUAUUAUUGAUAAUAAAUUAAAUUUAUAAUUUAAAUAUUUAAUUCGAUAAGUUUUCAAUUAGUAUAAAGGGUAUUUAUGAUGGCUUCAAGUAAAAGUACAAGAGAAGUACUUCUAUCGAUAAUUGAUGAUAUUGAAUUAAUAGCAAAGGAAAUGAUAGAAAAUAUAAUAGCUCCAAAACCAAUGAAAUUAUCCAGCGUGGAACAUAUGCAGUUAACAGAAUUAUUAGUUGCCAAAGAUAAAGAAUUGAAAGGUACUUUAAAGCAAGCUGCCGAGCAAGCAAAAAUCAAUUUAAAAAUGGAAGCCUUAAAAGCAGAAGUCGAAAGACAGGAUCAGGACAUUCAACAGUUGCAACGUCAGUUAAAGGAAGCUGAACAAAUAUUAGCUACCGCUAUAUAUCAGGCUAAACAAAAAUUACAAUCUAUUGCACGUGCUAAUAAACGUCCUGUACCUUCAGAAGAACUUAUUAAAUUUGCUCAUAGAAUAAGUGCAUCCAAUGCUAUUUGUGCUCCAUUAACAUGGCAACAAGGAGAUCCUCGAAGACCUUAUCCUACCGAUAUCGAAAUGAGAUUAGGAUGUUUAGGUAGGCUAAGCGACCUUCCUUUAAACGUGCCAGUAUUAGGCUCUCAUCCAGGAAUACCAUCAGAUUUGCACAGAACAGGUCAUCCUGCUGGUGAACCUCCGGUUUCGCAAGCAAAUCAGUUUGCCUGGCAUCCAUCAGGAGAAAUCCACAUGUCUGUGGGUGGACAAGGGAGUGUAGCUAUGAAUACUCACAAACAAGAAACGGAAGAUGUCGAAGUUAUGUCGACAGAUUCGUCAAGUAGCUCAUCUAGCGAUUCCCAAUAGACUGAUGUAAACAUUACAUUAUAAUCAAUAUAGUGUACGUGAUAUGAAAUUUAUUUAUGAUUAUUUUUAUUUACGAUAUUA